GUAAACCGUGAUGUCUAUGGAAGUACACACCAACAUACACAACCACAGCGCCAGCAUGUGCGAGUCCACGCAGCGGGCAUGCGAGCCGCGGCGUAAACGCACGGACGAGCGCAAUGGACCGUCGGAAAUGGCCCGGAUUAUCACCGAUCCGGCCACGGGGAAAUGCUACUGCCGCGGCAAAGUUUUGGGAAAGGGGGGUUUUGCAAAAUGCUACGAGCUGACAGACUUGUCCACUAGCAAAGUUUACGCAGCCAAAAUCAUCCCUCAUUCUCGCGUCUCCAAACCACACCAAAGGGAGAAGAUUGACAGAGAAAUCGAGCUGCACAAGGCGUUAAACCACAGACACAUUGUGCACUUUUACCACCAUUUUGAAGAUAAAGAAAACAUCUACAUUCUAUUGGAGUAUUGCAGUAGAAAGUCGUUAGCCCACAUCCUGAAGGCACGCAAAGUCCUCACAGAGCCAGAAGUGCGUUACUACCUCAGGCAAAUCGUAUCCGGGCUCAAGUAUCUUCACGAACAGGAGAUCCUCCACAGAGACCUCAAACUUGGUAAUUUCUUUGUGAGCGAGUCCAUGGAGCUGAAGGUUGGGGACUUUGGUCUUGCUGCCAAACUGGAGCCGGCGGGGAACAGAAGAAAGACGAUCUGUGGAACUCCAAACUAUCUGUCCCCUGAAGUGCUCAACAAACAAGGCCAUGGCUGUGAAUCGGACAUAUGGGCUCUGGGCUGCGUAAUGUACACGAUGCUGCUGGGGCGACCGCCUUUUGAAACCACAAACCUUAAAGAGACGUAUCGCUGUAUCCGAGAGGCGCGCUACUCCCUCCCCUCGUCUCUGUCGCCUCAAGCCAAACAGUUGAUCAGCAGCCUCCUGGCCAAGAUCCCAGACGACAGACCCAACCUCGACCAUAUCCUAAGGCACGACUUCUUCACACAGGGCUUCAGUCCAGACCGUCUGUCCCCGAGCUGCUGUCACUCUCCUCCAGACUUCCAUGUGUCUAGUCCGGCCAAGAGCUUCUUCAAGAAAGCUGCAGCCGCUCUGUUCGGGGGCAGGAGGGACAAGGUUAAAUACUACGAAACCCUGAACAAACUGACAAAAGAGGAAGAGGAAAUCUAUAAACUGCAACACAAUCUGGAGAGGACUGUUAUCAGCCAGCAACAGAAUCGCAGGAUCACCGAGAAUGGAGCUCUACUUCCGCCGUCUGCCGAGAGCCCGGUCGCCGUGGCAACAGAGAGCCAGUCCCCCACGUCGCAGGACACAAUCCGCCUGAUUGUGAGAGGCAGUCUGGGGAGCUGCAGCAGCAGUAGUGAAUGCUUGGAAGACAACACAACUUGCAGUGUAGCAGAAACCGUGGCCAGCGUACUACGAGGAUGUCUGGAGAACAUGCCAAAAGCUGACAACAUGCCCCAGGGCUCCAGCACUUGUAACCUGCAGUGGGUGACUAAAUGGGUGGACUACUCCAACAAGUACGGCUUUGGCUACCAACUGUCGGAUCACACUGUGGGAGUCCUGUUCAACAAUGGGACCCAUAUGAGCCUGCUGCCAGACAGAAAAACGAUCCAUUACUACGCAGAGUUGGGCCAGCGUUCUGUCUUUCCAACGUGUGAGGUCCCAGAACACUUUGUGGGACAAGUCACCGUCUUGAAGUAUUUCUCCCACUACAUGGAGGAGAAUCUCAUGGAUGGCGGGGACCUGGGCACCAUGACAGACGCUCACAUGCCUCGGCUCUACCUGCUGCAGUGGCUCAAGUCUGACCGCGCCCUCAUGAUGCUCUUCAACGACGGCACUUUCCAGGUCAACUUCUACCACGACCACACCAAGAUCAUCCUCUGCUGCCAGCGCGACGAGUACAUGCUGACGUACAUCAACGAGGAUCGGGUUUCCAAGAGCUUCAAACUCAGCUCUCUCCUUUCGUCCGGAUGCCCUACGGAUCUACGCGAGCGCAUGGUCUACUCGCUCAACAUGCUGCUGCAGAGGUGUAGCUAAAGAACCGACCACAGAACGGAGAAUGCCACUGGGAACAAUGCAAACGAGUGGGACUGACGCUAGCCAAGUCUAUUAGCAAAACCCACGCCAGCUAGACCGCGGACGUAUAAGGACAAUGCGAUGUAGCAAUGUGGAGGCGGGUCAUGCAAAAAGGGCUGCUUUGUAUGUCGACUGUUGAAGAGGAGGAGACGAUGAAGAGGAGUUGGAGUAUGUUAUCGUGAAUGGACCGUUUUGAAAAGUAAAAGAGACAGAAAUGUAUAAACGCUGGGCUGGAACUGGCGCAAAUGUGGAUGAAAUAGGUUGUGUUCACGGAUACUCGCAACUUUCGAGAAUCCCAAGAGUUUUGAAAUUGAGGUGGAGGAUGUGUCAGAGUUCUGUGGUGGGAUUUUGCGGGUUUGACUGUCACAUUGCAGAUUUGUUGAUCUGGUUUAUGGUUAAUAUGUCUGUAAUAUCUCUGGAUCAGAAGUUUGUCUUUCAAAAACCGCAAAUUUCCCGUAGAUUUACAAAACUCCUGCCCUCCAUCCGAAAUUAUAACAUCGUCAAAAUCUAGAAAGUGAACGCAAUCUAUUAAAAGACUGAUUUAUAGAUUAUAUUGCAGUGGAGACGAGUUUAAAAGUGGCUUGUUGUACAUUUGUAAAUUUUGUACAGUGUAUGUAAAUGAUGCUAGUGAAAUUGAAAACUGUGAUAUGUUUUAAUAUUGGACACAAUGGACAGCGUAUUGGAGCCAGAGGAGAAAGACGUUCAAAACAAACAGAUCAGAUUCUGGUCUGAAGCCAUUAGUAAAAACACUGUUCAGAAUAAUUUAUUGUGUUCAAAGUGCCGUAUUUAUUUAUUUAAUAAUAAAAACCUUUUUGUAAAAAAAAAAACUA